GCUUGGGCUGUGGCCCUGUUUCCUUUUUUGUGCUAUGAGGUUGGCUUUGUUUUUACUUGUUUGUUUUUGGCUGGGGAGGGAAGCUCUUCUUCUGAGCUGCUUGCAUUUGUUUCUUUGCUGCAAAUUUAUUUGAGCUGGUGAGUUGAUGCUUCUUGGAAGCUUGGCUUUUUGGGACUGCAUCAUGGGAUCUUUUCACUUCUAUUAUUGGUACAGAGUACCAGGAAAUUUUUGAGAAAGAGGGAUUAGUACUCAAGUUGGUGAAGAAAGCAGUAUUUUUUCCUCCCAAGUUCUUCUGCGGCCAUGCCUAUAAGACAGAUGAAGGAGAGCUCAGAACAACACCUUGUGAUCAAGGCCCAAGCUAACACCCCCAUGAACCCUGUUCCUAAGGUUCUUAAAACCUUGCAGAAUGGCAAAAGCCCACCACCUCAGGAACCAACCCAGAAUGCAAAACUGCCGAGCGACAACCCAUCUCCUGCCAAAAAUAGUAGAAGAAGACGAGGUCGUGGGGUGCAGAAGGCCGGGCAAUGUAACACCUUCUCCGGCUUGAAGCCGCCAACCACGCACCAGCUUCCGAGUGGGUGUUCGGAGAAUGCAAGUCAUCUGGGUGGCAGAGAGAUGGGUUUUCCUUCCUCAAGUAAAUCUCUGAGGUUUCCUCCAAGGCCUGGGCUUGGUCAAGCAGGGACUAGAUGUAUAGUAAAAGCUAACCAUUUUUUCGCUGAGCUACCAGACAAGGAUUUAAUCCAUUAUGAUGUGACCAUAACACCAGAGGUGGCAUCAAAGAAUGUGAACAGAAAUAUCAUAACAGAACUGGUGAAACUGUAUAGGGAAUCUGAUCUUGGGAUGAGGUUGCCUGCCUAUGAUGGCAGGAAGAGUCUGUAUACAGCUGGAGAGCUCCCUUUCUCUUACAGGGAGUUCAACAUCAAGCUUGUUGAUGAAGAAGAUGGAAUUAAUGGCCCCAAAAGGGAGAGAGAAUAUAAAGUGGCAAUUAAGUUUGUUGCAAGAGCAAAUUUGCACCACCUGGGCCAAUUUUUGGCAGGCAAAUGUGCCGACGCUCCACAGGAAGCUCUUCAAGUUCUGGACAUUGUUUUGAGAGAACUUUCGAGUAAAAGGUACUAUCCUGUUGGAAGAUCUUUCUUUUCUCCUGAGAUUAAGACGCCACAAAGGCUUGGUGAUGGUUUGGAGUCAUGGCGUGGGUUUUAUCAGAGUAUAAGGCCUACACAGAUGGGGUUGUCCCUAAAUAUUGACAUGUCUUCAGCGGCAUUUAUCGAGCCUCUGCCUGUAAUUGAGUUUGUCGCUCAGCUUCUGGGAAAGAAUGCAUUAUCAAGGCCAUUUUCUGAUUCUGAUCAUGUUAAGAUUAAGAAAGCACUUCGAGGAGUCAAAGUUGAAGUAACACACCGAGGACAUGUGCGACGGAAGUACCGGAUAUCUGGGCUAACAUCACAACCUACUAGGGAACUCAUGUUUCCAGUUGAUGACCAAUGCAUGAAGUCAGUUGUUGAUUACUUCCAAGAGAUGUAUGAAUUCACCAUCCAAUAUACUCAUCUUCCUUGCCUUCAAGUGGGAAAUCAGAAAAAGGCUAACUAUUUGCCGAUGGAGGCUUGUAAGAUUUUGGGAGGACAAAGGUAUACCAAAAGGCUGAACGAAAAACAAAUCACUGCGCUGCUGAAAGUUACAUGCCAAAGGCCAAAGGAUAAGGAGAAUGACAUUUUGCAGACAGUUCAACAUAACGCCUAUAAUCAAGAUCUGUAUGCAAAGGAGUUUGGAAUCAAAAUCAGUGAGAAGCUCGCAUCUGUUGAGGCUAGAGUUCUUCCUGCACCUUGGUUGAAAUAUCAUGACACUGGGAAGGAAAAAAAUUGCUUGCCUCAAGUUGGUCAGUGGAAUAUGAUGAACAAGAAAAUGAUAAAUGGAAGCAAGGUAACUCGGUGGGCGUGCAUUAACUUUUCUCGUAUUGUCCAAGAGAGUGUAGCACGCAGUUUUUGCAAUGAACUGGCUCAGAUGUGUCAAGUCUCAGGCAUGGAAUUCAAUCCUGAACCUGCAAUUCCAAUAUAUUCAGCCAGGCCUGAACAUGUUGAGAAGGCUCUGAAGCAUGUCUAUCAUGCAUCAAGCAGACUCAAAGGGAAGGAAUUGGAAUUACUAAUAGCUAUUUUGCCUGACAACAAUGGCUCUUUGUAUGGGGAUCUCAAGCGGAUAUGUGAGACAGAUUUGGGGUUAAUAUCACAAUGCUGUCUCACAAAGCAUGUGUUCAAGAUAAGCAAACAGUAUCUCGCCAAUGUCUCCCUGAAAAUCAAUGUGAAGAUGGGAGGAAGAAAUACCGUUCUUAUGGAUGCAGUGAGUUGGAGAAUACCAUUAGUCAGCGAUAUACCAACUAUAAUAUUUGGAGCAGAUGUGACUCACCCAGAAAAUGGAGAAGACUCCAGCCCUUCAAUUGCUGCUGUAGUAGCUUCUCAAGAUUGGCCUGAAAUUACGAAGUACGCUGGCCUGGUUUGUGCUCAGGCUCACAGGCAGGAACUUAUACAAGACUUAUAUAAGACAUGGCAUGAUCCUGUCCGGGGCACAGUGAGUGGAGGCAUGAUUCGGGAUCUCUUAAUUUCCUUCAGGAAGGCUACUGGGCAAAAGCCACUGAGGAUCAUAUUUUACAGGGAUGGUGUGAGUGAAGGGCAAUUUUACCAAGUUCUGCUCUAUGAACUAGAUGCAAUCCGGAAGGCCUGUGCCUCUCUCGAACCAAAUUAUCAACCACCAGUGACUUUUGUUGUGGUCCAAAAGAGGCAUCACACGAGACUCUUUGCCAACAAUCACAAGGAUCGAGCUAGCACUGACAAGAGUGGAAAUAUUUUACCAGGCACUGUGGUUGAUUCAAAAAUCUGUCAUCCAACAGAAUUCGACUUCUAUUUAUGUAGCCAUGCUGGAAUUCAGGGAACGAGUAGGCCAGCUCAUUACCAUGUUCUAUGGGAUGAAAACAAUUUUACAGCAGAUGGAUUGCAGUCUCUAACAAACAAUCUAUGUUACACAUAUGCAAGGUGCACACGAUCAGUCUCUGUUGUUCCUCCGGCAUACUAUGCACACUUAGCAGCCUUCCGAGCUCGAUUCUAUGUGGAGCCUCAUUCCCAAGAGAAUGAUACAGCAAGCAAUGGUGUACGGGCCACCUGGGCAGCUGGAGAGUCUGCAGUCAGGCCGCUGCCAGCACUCAAGGAAAAUGUGAAGAGGGUGAUGUUCUACUGUUAAAACUUUACGACAUGGUAGGAUCUAGUUCAUGUAUAGCGGAGGAAAGACAGUCUCAUAGAAAUGAUUGCUCCAAGUGGCACUCCAAUGAUGGUGUAUCAAGUUGUUUAUUCCAUUUUGAAUCAGUGAAAGGCCUUAGUUCAUGUGUAGUUUCUUGUACACUUUCUCUUUCUGAAUUCAGAGGUGUAUGAAAUUUUGGUAGCAAUAAUUUAGAAUGAAAGUAGAAAGCAGUUAAGAUCUUCUUCGAACACCAAUGCAUACCCCAUGACUCUUAUCGUGAUACUGUGCCGCAUUCGGUUUUAAGUUCUCAUGUGUGAGCUACCUUCAGAAAGUUGGCAGAAGUUGAAUAUUUUCAGGGGUUAUGAUAACUUUCCUGCAUAGGUUAUAUUGUUGCUAUUCUGGAAGCGAUCUCAACAGCUCCUCUUGGUUCCCAGGUCCUAGGGAGGUCUUUAUUGAGAUAUUCAAAAUUAGGGCGUCUCUAAAGAAGUGGAACGAAGUGUCGCUUUGGAAAACAUGGGUGUUGAAAAUCUUAAAAACCUGUGGGUUUCCAAUUGGUGUUAACUUGCCAUCUCCAAAUAAACAUUCAAGUUUCGCUUAAAAACAAGCUCUUUAAGUAUGUCUCUUUUGUAUUUGUUUGUUUAGUUAAUUUAAUAAAUUUUUUUAUUGACUUUUGAAACAAAAUUUUUUAUUUUUAACUGUAAAGCUAUAUAUUAUGCAAGAAUAUUUGGUUGUCCAUAAGGUUAGGAUGGCUAUACCGCAGCCUCAGGGUUAUGGGGUGAUAUCCAUAAGCACCUGCAACCCUUCAGGAAGCUGGUUUUCCAUUCUUGCUUAGGUGUGCUGAGAAUUUUUUUGGUCCACGCGACUAGGCACUCCAUGGAAUUGCUUGGAUUCAUUUCACAAAGACUACAUAAUAUAUAGGUAAUAGGAUAGAACUCUCCAAGUCUAUGCACACAAACAAUAGUGAAACUUUCAAAGAAAUGAUAGUGAUCAUUUUCAUGAUAGACCUAGCUAGUAUCUCAUAUUUUGCACUCAAUGUGCAUCGAACAAUAACCCUGGUCAAUAGAAACCGUACUUCAUCUUUCAAACACCAUUUUGAUGUAUUA